AUGGGGUCUCAAAAACAGCUUGCUAUUGCGGAGUUUGCAAGAUCUUUUCUUAUUAUUCCUAACACACUGGCAGUUAAUGCUGCUCCAAACUCCACAGAUCUCACUGCAAAGUUAAGAGCUUUCCAUAAUGAGGCUCAAGUUAACCCAGAAUGCAAAUAUCUCAAAUGGAUUGGUCUUGAUUUGGUCAGUGGUAAACCUCGAGAGAACAAACAAGCAGGGGUAUUUGAACAAACCAUAGAGAAAGUUAAGAGUUUGAAAUUUGUGACAGAAGCUUCAAUUACCAUUCUUCAAAUUGAUGAUCUUAUCAAAUUAUACAUGGAAAACAAAGAUAAGCAUGGAGGUUAUGAAGAUGUUCUUCAUUCAGGAGCCCUGAUGACAGAGCUGAUUUCUUUGAUUGAUAACAAUAUUAGAUGCCAUUAUCUUGUACCUUGA